CAACAACCACAAUGGCCCCAACUACAACAACAGAUAUACCAACUACAACAACAGCAACACCUACAACAACCACAGCAGUUCCAACAACAACAGAGGUCCCAACUACAACCACAGCUGCACAUACAACAACCACACUGGCUACAACUACUACAACAGCAGUACCAGCAACCACAGUUGUGCCAACUACAACCACAGCAGUUCCAACAACAGAGGCCCCAACUACAACCACAGCUGCACAAACAACAACCACACUGGCUACAACUACUACCACAGCAGUACCAACAACAACUACAGCUGCUCCAACAACAACCACAACACUCCCUACUAUGACCACAGUGCUUCCAACUACCACCACAACUGCACCAACAACAACCACAGAAGCUCCAACAACAACAACCACAGCAGCUCAAACUACAACCACAGCUGUACAUACAACAACCACAGCUGCUCUGACAACAACCACAGUUGUGCCAACUACAACCACAGCAGUUCCAACGACAACAGAGGCCCCAAGUACAACCACGGCUGCACAUAUAACAACCACAUCGACCCCAACUACUACCACAGCUGCACCAAAAACCACAAUUGUGCCAACUACCACCACAGCAGUUCCAACAACAACAGAGGCACCAACUACAACCACAGCUGCAGAAACAACAACCACACUGGCUACAACUACUACCACAGCAGUACCAACAACAACCACAGCUGAACCAGCAACAACUACAGCUGCUCCAACAAUAACCACAGCAAUCCCAACUACGACCACAGUUCUUCCAACAACAAACAUGACUGCACCAACAAAAACUACAGCUGUACCAACAACAUCAACAGCUGAGCUAACAACAUCAACAGCUGAGCUAACAACAACCACAGCUGUUCCAUCAACAACCACAGCUGCAACAACAACCACAGAUGUGCCAACAACAACCACAGCAGUUCCAACAACAGAGGCCCCAACAACAACCACAGCUGUACCAACAACAACCACACCUGAACCAGCAACAACUACAGCUGCUCCAACAAUAACCACAGCAAUCCCAACUACGACCACAGUUCUUCCAACUACAACCAUAACUGCACCAACAACAACCACAGUGGCUCCAACAACAACCACAGAAGCUCCAACAGCAAACACAAUGGCCCCAACUACAACCACAAAUGUACCAACUACAUCAACAGCAAAACCUACAACCACAGCUGUACAUACAACAACCACAGUUGUGCCAACUACAACCACAGCAGUACCAACAACAACAGAGGCCCCAACUACAACCACAGCUGCACAUACAACAAUCACAGUGGCUCCAACUACUACCACAGCUGUACCAACAUCAACCACACCUGAACCAACAACUACAACUGCUCCAACAAUGACCACAGCACUCCUCACUACGACCACAGUGCUUCCAACUGCAGCCAUAACUGCACCAACAGCAACCACAGCUGUACCAACAAUUACAGCUGAACCAACAACAACUACAGCUGCUCAAACAACAACCACAGAAACUGCAACAACUACCACAGCGGCACCAACAACCACCACAGCGGCUCCAACGACAACCACAACCACACCUACACCAACAACAACUACAGCUGCCCCAACAACUACCACAACACUCCCAACUACAACCACAGUGCUUCCAACUACAACCAUUACUGCACCAACAGCAACCACAGCUGUACCAACAAUGACAGUUGUGCCAACAACAACCACAUCUGUAUCAACAACAACCACAGUGGCUCCAACAACAACCACAGUGGCUCUAACAACAACCACAGCUGCUCCAACUACCAACACAGCAGUUCCACCAAUGACCACAGUGCUUCCAACAACAAACAUGACUGCACCAACAAAAACUACAGCUGUACCAACAACAUCAACAGCUGAGCUAACAACAUCAACAGCUGAGCUAACAACAACCACAGCUGUUCCAUCAACAGAGGCCCCAACUACAACCACAGCUGUACCAACAACAACCACAGCUGCUCCGACAACAACUACAGCACUCCCAACUACGACCACAGUGCUUCCAACUACAACCAUGACUGCACCAACAACCACAACUGUACCAACAACAAUUACAGUUGUGCCAACAACAACCACAGCUGCUCAAACAACAACCACAAAAGCUGCAACAACAACCACAGUGGCUCCAACAAUAACAACAGCUGCUCCAACUUCAAUCACACCUACACCAACAACAACUACAGCUGCUCCACCUGCCACCACUGCAGUUCCAACUAUGUCCACAGUGCUUCCAACUACAACCAUGACUGCACCAACAACAACUACAGCUGUACCAACAACAACAGCUGAGCUAAGAACCACAGCUGCUCAAACAACAACCACAGAAACUGCAACAACCACUGCAGCACCACCAACAACCACAGCAGCUCCAACUAUGACAACAGUGCUUCAAACUACAACCAUGACUGCACCAACAACAACUACAGCUGUACCAACUACAACCACAGUUGCUCCACCUACUACCACAGCGAUACCAACAACAACCACACUUGAACCAACAACAACCACAGUGGCUCAAACUGCAACCACAGCUGUCCCUACAACAAACACAGCUGCUCCGACAACAACCACACCUGCACCAACAACAACUUCAUCUGCUCAGACGACAACCACAGUGGUUCCAACAACAACCACAGAGGCUCCUUCUACAACCACAGGUGUACCAAGUACAACAACAGCUGCUCCAAAAACAAGCACACCUACACCAACAACCACAACUGCUCUGAGAACAACCACAGCUACACCAACAACUACUGCUUCUCCAACUACAACCAAAGCAUUUCCCAGUAUGACCUCAGUGCUUCCAACUACAACCAUGACUGCACCAACAACAAAUACAGCUGUACCAACAAUAACCACAGCAGCUACAAUAACCACAUCUGUACCAUCUACAACCACAUCACCUCCAACAACAACUACAGAAGCUCCAACAACAACCACAGUGGCUCAAACUACUACCACAGAAAAGAAAUCCCGCUCAACAAGUUUACCUCAGACACAUUUCACAAACAAAUUAAAGACAGAAAUAUAUGACAGUUAG